AUGUCGUCAAUUGCCAGAGUUGUUCGCCCAGCGGCAUUUCGGAGGAGCCAGGCUGCCGCCUUUGCCGCUCUGUCCGCCUCGAGAAGGAGAUGUGUUGCUUCGGCCGUCCCUAGCAUGCAGCGUGUCGCCCGUACCUUCUCCAGCAGCCCCGCCCGCCACUUCGACCUCCAUGACAUGACACCAACGCCCAUCACGCACCUUUCCGAGACCGAGGCGGCAAUGCAAGAGGCGGUUUCCAAGUUCGCCAAUGACGUCGUUCUCCCUAAGGUGCGCGAUAUGGACGAGGCCGAGACGAUGGAUCCCUCGAUUGUCGAGCAGCUGUUCGAGCAGGGUCUGAUGGGUGUCGAAAUUCCCGAGGAGUAUGGCGGUGCUGGGAUGAACUUUACUUCUGCCAUCGUUGGGAUCGAGGAGCUGGCGCGUGUCGACCCUUCCGUCUCCGUCCUGGUCGACGUCCAUAACACUCUUGUCAACACGGCCAUCAUCAAGUGGGGCUCUGCUGAGCUCAAGAAGCGGUUCCUCCCGCGCUUGGCUACCGAGACUGUCGGAUCCUUUUGUCUGAGCGAGCCUGUGAGCGGGUCGGACGCGUUUGCGCUCGCGACCAAGGCUACUGAGACGAGCGAUGGGUUCAAGAUUUCGGGGAGCAAGAUGUGGAUUACCAACUCGAUGGAGGCAGACUUCUUUAUUGUAUUUGCAAACCUAAACCCUGCCAAGGGCUACAAGGGUAUCACGGCUUUCGUGGUAGAGAAGGGCACCAAGGGCUUCAGCAUCGCCAAGAAGGAGAAGAAGCUGGGCAUCCGAGCAAGCAGCACCUGCGUGAUAAACUUUGAUGACGUCGAGAUCCCCAAGGAGAACUUGCUGGGUGAGAGGGGUGACGGUUACAAGUAUGCCAUAGGACUGCUGAACGAGGGAAGGAUAGGUAUCGCUGCGCAGAUGACUGGCCUUGCUUUGGGUGCUUGGGAAAAUGCGGCCAGGUACUGCUGGAACGAUCGCAAGCAGUUCGGCCAGCUGAUUGGCGAGUUCCAGGGCAUGCAGCACCAAAUGGCGCAGUCGUAUGUGGAGAUUGCUGCGGCGCGGGCGCUGGUGUACAACGCUUCACGCAAGAAGGAGGCCGGCGAGGACUUUGUUCGCGACGCCGCAAUGGCCAAGUUGUACGCGUCUCAGGUUGCAGGUCGCGUCAGCGGCCUGGCUGUCGAAUGGAUGGGCGGUAUGGGUUUCGUGCGUGAGGGACUGGCCGAGAAGUUCUUCCGUGACAGCAAAAUCGGCGCCAUCUACGAGGGAACGAGCAAUAUCCAGCUCAACACUAUUGCAAAGUCCUUGCAGAAGGAGUACACCUCGUAG